GAGGCGUAGCAGUAAUAGUGAAUAUCCCUCUUUUCACCGCCGCCGUCGUCAAAUUGGAACAUACUAGCACCCCACGGCACAUUCGCAUGCCGCGUACACCUCCGUCUCCCGCUGCCACAAUCGCAUCAAAUCGGCGUCUUCAGCAUGGCCACAACGACUAAGUUUGGGUACAGGCGUUGGGGCUCGAAUGGACAGCUUGCGUGCGAAUACUGGAUCUCAGACGACGGGACUGACGCACCCGCCACGGCAUCUAGUUUGAAAUUCACGGCGGGAAGCCUGUCGCAUCUACACCAGGCCAAAUACCACCCUUACAACGUCCGCACUCCCCGCCGCUACGGCCACCAACACCGCCGCCGCAGCAGCAGCACCAACAGCAAUAGCAGCAGCAGUAGCAGCAGCAGCAACAGCAGCCGCAGCGGCGACAGGAACAGCCACGGUCGGCGUGGGGACCGUUCCCAGCGUGAUCCUUCCCUUCUCCUUCACACAGCCAAAUCUGCCGGCGACCCGUCGUCGGCCAAAUCCACCCAGAAGAGGCUCUUUUCUCGGCGGCGGCGGCACCACUAUCAGCCUUCAAUCUCCUCCAAGUCCAGUUCUCCAUCCUCCAUCUCGAACCCUAGCAUGAGUCUCACAACACAUGUGAGCAUGGCCUCUUCACCUGUUGCAGAGAAACGCAAGUCGGGUUUCUUGAAUCGCCUUCACCACCUGGGGCAUAACCGACGUCGGAGCAGUGUCAACGAACUCGCGGGCGCAGACGUCACACCGCAACCGCUGUCGCAGCAGCAGUCGCCGCCGGCGACGCGCACAUCCACUGCCGCUGCGCGGCCAACUUCUCGGAACACGACACCGACUUUGACGACAACAACAGCAGCAGCAGCAACCGCAAUUGCAACAGCAACUACUACGACUACUGCAAAUGAACAACCCGGGAACGCUGCAGCGCUGCGACCUGCCACUGUCAAUGGAGACGCUGACACCACUCACAUUGCGCCGCCGCAAAUCAUGAUCCGGGCGCCCACUGCGCGUCACGAUGACUUUGAAGGGGUACAUUAUCCGGAUGGCCUCAACCCGACCCCGCUCAGCCCCAGCGCAAGGAGCAACAAGGGUAUCAAAUGGGCCGAGGAUUGCGACGCAACAGCCCCACGACCCCGGCGCACGAGUUCAGCUGCGACGCAUGGCCGACGGUCUUCCAUCUAUUCCAAAGAUGUCGACGGGAACUUUGACAAUGUGUUGGGAGUAGAACUGGGUGUGGGCUCCAAGGCUCGAAGGUUAUCGGUGGCGCUUCCAGACGAUCUGCAGGUGGACGAAUGCUCGCUCGAAGAGCACUUCAAUUAUUUGCAGCGCAUGAAGCACAAGGAAAUUGGCCAGGGCGGUGCAGCGAUUGUGAAGCUCAUGCAAAGCAAGACGGCGGGAUCGUCGAGCGAGAAAGUGUAUGCUGUGAAAGAGUUCCGCCCACGAGAUGCUGCAGAGGAGUCUGAAUACGAGUACGAGCGCAAGAUCAAGUCCGAGUUUGCCAUCUCGAAGGCAUGCGACCACUCCAACAUUGUUAGGACAUACCGGUUAUGUCAUAGUGGCGACCAGUGGUACCAUGUUAUGGAGUACUGCGAGCUUGGUGACCUGAACGAUCUGAUUGCCCAAGGGAAUUUCCAGAGGCCGGAGGACCGCAAUUGCAUGUUCAAGCAGCUUGUCCGAGGCGUCGACUACUUGCACAGUCGCGGAAUCGCCCAUCGCGACCUGAAGUCGGAGAACUUGUUGGUGAACAAGCAGGGCUGUCUCAAGAUCGCUGACUUUGGAACUGGCGAAGUCUUUUGUGGACAACAUCCCGGAGUUCGGAACUGCAGGAGACAGAGUAUUAUUGAUCCCAAUGCACCUACUCGAAAAUGUCAACCAGGCUGGGUGGGCAGUGUGCCAUACAUGGCGCCGGAAAUAUAUCAGCGACUGGGGAAAUACGAUCCACGCGCCGUGGACGUGUGGGCUGUUGCCAUUGUGUACGUGACACUCUGCUUCGGCGGUAACCCUUGGGACUUUGCAGGCCAGGAAUGCAAAAACUUCCGGAUCUACAUGUCUCACUGGGAAGCGUUCUUCGAGAAGUACAAAGACCAUGAGAUUCGCAUCGGGCGCCCGGUCCCCGUCUUCGGACACAUUGGCAAAUUUGCCGGGCUGGACGAUCAGGAGACGAGAGUGAUGUUGAUGGGCAUGCUACAUCCCGAGCCCGCGAAGCGGUGGAAGAUACAAGAUGUGCUCGAAUGCAAGCCUGUGGAGGAGGCGCCAUGCUGCCAACAAGAUGGUUACUCGGACGACAUCAAGAAGCGACAAAAGAAAUCGCUACAUAACCACAUUCCGAUGAACAUGCGAAAGAAAGUGAAGCCCUAGCGAGGCAACUGUCUAGCGGAAAUACCGACUACGAGUUUUAUUUUUUUGUUUCUACAUGGUCCACGCAGCGUUGUAGAAACAACCUAGACAUGCGGGCCUUCCCUCUCGCACUUUGGUACAUUUCCAGGACGAGAAAUACCUGCUUCACCAGAGAUCCCAUACAGCAUCAGGCAUGACGUUGCGCAUAAUGCGCCAGUGUCUUUUCGCACCCUCGACCUGCUCGCUGGCCCACGAGCUCUCCCCCCCAGGUUCGAGCAGAUCCCCCACAUUCGUAUCGCUGCCAACAGAGGAGCUCUGCUUCGGAAACGGCACCUCCCACUCGGGCUUGGGCACCAUGUAAUGCUUCCGGCUCAAACUGUCAAGAAAGUCGGCAGCUGUAGGCUCUCUAAACGCGAUGGGGCCCGCCUUGUUACGGCAGAAGACGACGAAAUUGGAAAAGUCCGAUGGUUCCUGGCUGUUUUUGCCUUCAUCGGCAACCUUCUCUUCGGCAUCGCCACCUCGACCUUCUUUUCUUGUUUUACUAUCCUCAGCAUCAGCGUUGUGUUCUGCAGGUCCAUCCCGAUAUAUUUUGCAUUGGCCAUCGAAGGUGUGAUGGAUGGUCCGGAGCACCAGGCGCGUUAGAGGCAGCGAUAGAUCGCCCGCAUAAUUGAUGGCAAUGACACCAUUCGGCGUCAGUAAUGUACGCAAGUCGCGUAGGAAGGCGGUAUUGAAGAGCUCUAGCGGUUCAGCGCCGCCAGUGAAGACAUCGUGAAUGAUGUAGUCGAAAUGCAUCUUCGUUUUCCCCUUCGCUUCUUCUUCUGCCUCAUCAUCAUCAUCAUCAUCACUCUUCUUCGUGCUCCUGUCUUCCGAUGUUGCAGAUGCUGCUACUGUUGUUGCGCUUGUUGUUGUUAUUGUUUCUCCUUCAGUUACCGCUCCCGGUUCUACCACUAGCGUUGGCAAGAAUCCUGCCGCCGCCGCCUCCUUGGCUCGAGCUUGCUGCCUCACCCAUUUCACCGCGUCCCGGAGAACUGCCGUGUGAUUCGUGGGAAGGCCGAAGUACUGCGUGGCAAAUCGAUGCACCACGGGAUCCAGCUCGACAAUGGUCGUGGAAAUUCCAUGCGCCAAUAAGGCUUUGGGCGCAGUGCCGAUGCCCAGUCCAAUGACGAGUGCUUUUUCUUCUUCUGCUGACGUGUCUGCUACUGGUGGUGGUGGUGGCACUUUCUUGUUUUUGGUUGUGGGAUCGUCGAGGUCAUGACGAAGAAGUAGGCGGACGGAUUCGAGGAUUUCAAAGACGGCGUAGAUGGGCUCGUUGACUUUCCAGCCUUCUUUGCUUGCGCGUUCGGGUGUUAGAAGCCAUUCGCCGCCAAGUAGAGAGUGAUCAGCUCGUAGCACACGAUAAUGGGCCUGCUUGUUCUCAAGUACGGAUAUGUGGCCAGUGUUGGACCACUGGCGAUCCAGAAGAGUCCAGUUAAACUUCCCCAGUGAUGCAUCUACUUUUUCGACGCUCAUGUGCGUGUUGAAAUACGUCGUAUGUACGAGAGAAGGAAGAGCAAGCAUAACAUACCUAGGUAGCCAAUCUCAGCAGCUGUUCCAGAUAGCAGACUGGCCCGCGUGCCAGCUCAAUCGACACGUCCCUUGUAUACACAUGUGGGAAUGUUCGGAGAAGAAUACAGAUACUGACCAUGACGGCGCCAACAGCGAGUAACUUGCCCCUAGUGCAAGCUGAAGGUGGACAGGAUUGAUCUCAAACUUCUCCUUGAAAAGCUCGGGCAACCAUUGCACGAUACCUGUCCACUUCUCUUCCAGCACAGGAUACAUUGCAAACGCUAGAACGACACCGAUCAUAGUGUAUGCUGCGGUGGAGCCUACUCGAGCAGCCAAGGAAGUGGUCUGCUUGUAGCGAGCAAUAAAGUCGGCGAUCACGAAGCCAGUCGGCAGCAGUAUAGCAUGGCAGCUCAAGAACCCAUUCACCAGUGGCCCUGCCACCGGUCCGAGACUACCACUGAAUGGGGAUAACAGAGUCUGCAGAAGUGGUAGGGAGAAUGCCCAGACGGUGAGCGACUCGAGCACGCGUAAGCGCUGCCAGCUGCCA